GGUCGGAUAAUCGAGGCUCUACUGUAUCAAUCAAAAAAACACGGAAAAAUUGAGUGUCAUAUUUUACAAGCUAGAAGCAAGUAAUUUACAUAAAAUGAUAAAUUUAUUCUCAUGUCAUAACAAGAUUGUUCAAAUAAUGAUCUUGCUGCAUUCCAUAUACACAAUUAAAAAAUUAAAUAUAAAUGUAAGUAAUUGUUAUAUAAUGAAAUUAAUGAAAACUUGAAAAUUUUCAGAUGAAUGAAAUAAAAAAAGUUCCCAGAGGAGGAGUACAUUUAGCUGGAGCUGUGAUAUCACCAAGUGAUGAAGAUAGUCAAACAUUUUUUGUUAGUGCUGCUUGUGAAGAAGUAUAUAGACUACGUGCAAAUGAUGCUAAAGAAAGACAGUUUUGGGUAAACAAAUUAAGAGAAGUUUCAGAACAUCAGACUAAAACAAUUGCUGAGCAAAAUCCUCCAAUUCGACAUAUAAAUUCUAACCAUAUUGUUCACCCAGAUUCUAGUAUUAUUUCGGGGAAAUUGAGUAAUGAAUCAGAAUCCAAAGAAUAUGCAGAAUCUAUGUGUGAAUCUUUGUUAUCUGUAAAAGAUAUGUUGUCUAAAACUGAGAAAUGUCAACAAGAUUUAAAGACAGCUAUAGAUGCACUUCCAGUUGCUGGAUCUCAAGUUAAAUGUUUUGAUUCUGAUUUAUUAAUUCUUAAAGCUACUGCAAAUGCUACUAUAUCCUGUUUAGAUCAAUGUUUAAUUAUUCUUCAAAAAAUUCAGUUAAGUGAUGAUACUGUCAAUCAAGAUAAAGUAGAAGAAAGUUUAACAAAAACAGAAAGGAGACAGUCAUAUAAUAGUUUAUCUGAAAUGAAGUCUUCUGUUAUUUUCUCAGGAUCAUCUCCUACACAAUCACAAUCAAUACAAGAAUCACAAUCUGCUCAAGAUGUUACUGGUGAAGUAACUGAUGAUGAAAAUGAUGACAACGAUGUAACAGUUACUGAAAUAGAAGAUUUAUAUGAAAAAAAUGUUGUUUUACAUUUAUUAUCAAAAUUAAAAUUAGGAAUGGAUCUUACAAGGGUUUCUUUUCCUACAUUUCUGCUAGAACCACACUCACUUUUGGAAAUGUAUGCUAAUUUUAUGGGCCAUCCAGAUUAUUUUAUAAGGAUAGCAGAUGAACCAACUCCAGAAAUGAGAAUGGUUGCUGCUGUUCUAUGGUAUCUAACUUCAGUUCAUGCUGGGAAAAAAGGAUCUGUUGCAAAAAAACCUUAUAAUCCUGUUUUGGGUGAAACUUUUAAAUGUUCUUGGAAGAUUCCAAAUGAUGAUAAAAAAGAAUCUAGUUCAUCAUAUAUACCAGUUACUUUUGUAGCAGAACAAGUUUCACAUCAUCCAUUAAUGUCUUCCUUUUAUAUUGAAUGCCAGAAAAAGAAAAUGUUUGCAGAAGCUUGUAUUACUAUUAAAUCCAAAUUUCUUGGAAUAUCCAUAGGAAUAAAUUUAUUAGGAGAAGGUAAUAUUCAUCUUCUGGAGCAUGGUGAAACUUAUAAUUUUACAUUCCCAAGUGCCUUCGCUCGUUCUAUUCCUACAGUGCCUUGGAUGGAAUUGGGAGGUCGUAUAAGUCUCUCCUGUAGCAAGUCAAAAUGCAGUGCUUUCAUUACAUUUCAUACAAAUCCAUUUUACGGAGAUCAACUUCACAGGAUUUCUGCAGAAGUUAAAAACGGUUUUGGAGAUUUAGUCUGUAAAAUUAAUGGGCAGUGGAAUGGUGUUAUACAAAUAGUUUAUGCCGAAGGAAUGACAGACGUAAUUAAUGUAAAUAAAUUAACAAAAUAUAAAAAACGCCUCCGUCCUCUUAACGAACAAGAUAGUAGCGAGUCGAGACGAAUAUGGUACGAAGUUACUAAAGCGUUAAAAAAUAAUGAUAUAGAAAUGGCAUCCUCCUACAAACAACAGAUAGAAAUGAAACAAAGGGAAAUUGCUGAUGCAGAUCUUGACAAAAAUACUUAUCAAGGAAAGCUGUUUCAUCAGAAAGGUGACACAUGGGUGUAUAAAUAUCCAUUAAAUUGAAAUUAAGAAAAGUGCUUGCUAGUCAAGAGUAUGUCAAAUACAAACUUUCACUGCACAAUAAUUUGUUUAAAUUAGUUUUUAAAACUGUGAUAACAUUUUUUGACUUUAAUUUUUAUAUAUAAAUGUAAAAUUGCUAAUUGUUAUAUAGAUAGAAUUAUAUUUAUUAAUCUAAUCAGAAGCUUGAUUUUGCUAAUUUAUUUUGAAAAAUAUAUGUUGAUUAGUUGGUAAAUAUAUUUUAGAAUCUUUCAUCAUCUGUUUUUUAGAGUAAAAAACAAAUUAAAUUAUUCUCAAAUUUUAAUUGUUUCAUCAUCACAAUUUAACUUGUAAAGUUCUAUAUUGUAUGUUUUUUCCUGCAUAGUUUCUCAUUAAAUUUUUAUAGUGUAAGCAAUAAGAUAAAACAUUCAUGUUUAUUUUAAUAUAUUAAAAAUGUUAAAAUAAUUUUUUUGUAUAAAUGUAAAAAAAGAAAUGUAUCUGUAAUUUUAUAUGAAAAUAAUAGUGAUUUUUACAUUACUAUUAUAUGUUUGAAUAACAAUUUACUAAAAAUAUAGUAAAAAAAAAAACAUGUGCAGAAAUACAUCCUCUAUUGUACAAAAUUAUUUUAUAACGAUUACAUUCAAAAUUUAAUUAUUUAUAUAGAAUUUAAACAGUAUUAUUCAAUUCACAUUCAAGACUACAUUAAUAUAUUUGUGUAUAGAAAGAGGAAAUUGAGGAGAAAAUAAUGCAUUGUCGUCUACAAAGAAGUUAGAUUUCAGACAUUUCAAAUCACAAAUUGUUUUGCAAAAUAAUUGACAUCAAUGGUAUGGUUCUUGUCAAUCUUUAUAAUUGUUAGUUUAGUUAAUUUUGAACUAGGAAACAUAUCACUUAAAUUUAAAAAAAGUUGCCUUCUGCUACUUGUAAGUAAUACUUAAUGGAUAUAUUUUUUUUAAUGUCAACACAUUACUGUAUGCAGUUUUAGUAUUUGAAAAUCAAUAAUAGUCAUUUUCAUCUUGUGAUAUAUAUAUUGUCAUAAUAUAGAAAGUUUUCAUCACAUGCUGAAUCUAUAGUAAGUAGCUAUUUAAGUAUGAUUAUAAAUCUAGCCAAUUUAUAAUUUAGAUAAUACAGUUUAUCGUGUUAUUUUCAUAAUAAGAAAGCCAUAAGUAUGUAAAUUUCAAAACAUAUAAGCUUCUUUAAUGGCAUUUUAUAGUAAAAAAAAUUAUCAUUCAUUUAUGGCUUGCAGGCAUUUUUGCUUAAUAUUUGCAAUUGCUCUAAAGUAUUUUCUUUAACGACUUACUCACUCAAAAAAGAUUCAAAUUAUGACAAUUUUGUGCUUGAAACUUAGCUAUUUUUUUUCAAAGAUUUUAACCUAUAUCAGUGGUUCACAAACUAUUAUCCGUGAUCCAGAAGCACGCGCCAGGUAGUCCACAGACUGACCUAGUAAUUUUUCCAUCCUCUUUAGCCAGAGGAAUGGACUAUUCACGCAUUGCAUCUGUAGGGUGUUAAGUUACCAGACAUGUGUGCUGUGAUAUUUACAAAGAAGAAAUGAACAGGUCAUAGGUGAAAUAAUUGAGAAUCAUUUAUCUACAUGAAAUAUAAUUUUUAUACGGUACAGAUUGUGCAGAUGUGAUUACGUGCACAACAAAUUUAUCACACACAUCUUUUAACAUAUCCAGAAAAUCAAUAAUUAAAAUUUUAGUGAAAAAUUACAAUUAUUGAACGUUAGAAAAGAAAGUUUUAUAGUUUUUAAAAGUGCUCAACCAUAAAAAAAUAUUAGCAAUAUAGUUCAUGAUUUCUUUGGUAAUUAUGUCUAUAUUUACUAGAUUUGGAAGAAAAGUUCUUGUUAGUCUUAAAUUAUUGAUUAAAUUUUGUCAAGUCACUUCAAGGAGAAGUUUUUUUUAAAUGUUUACCCCAAUGUUAAAUUAUUUAGUUAAGGCAGCUUUAAUAUAGCUGGAUAAGCAAAUGGGUUAUGUUUUCAUUAGUUUGCUUACGACACAGCCUCUGAACAAACCCGUCAAUACCAAUACAAAUUAUUUCUGAUUGCAAUAUAUUUGUGAAGACAAAGCGAGUUGUCUCCAAAGCAUUUUAACAUGAAAAUAAUGCAACUUUUUGAAGCGAUUUAAUGCAUUUUUAAUUAAUUUAAUAUUGAGGAGCUGGUAAAAUUUUAAAUUCCAAGUAUAUUAUUUUUAUUUUGAGAAGAAUUAUAUUAAAUUGGAAAAACAAAAUUUUAUGUCUUUGGUUAUAAAUUCACUUGAAUUUGCUCACCAGUCAUCAAUAUAAAAAGGAAAUUUGAAUAGAUUUUAGGUUUAGUUUCAAUUAAACUUUAAGGUGUUUUAUAGGAAGAAAAAAGUAAAGCAAUAAAAUUAUUUUAAACAUAAAUUAAUAAAUUUCAAUAAAUGUUACUGUAAUAAGUAUGGCAAUGCAUUUGUGUGGUGAAAUACAUGAGAAUUUUCAGUAUAUUGUCGUAAUUUUCAAAUGUGUCAAGCAAAGAAAAUAUUUUAAAUUCACUUCACAGACUUUAUAGAGCACAAAUUUAAAUGGAAUUUUAUGAGAAUAAAGUAUUGAAUAUAACAAUUAUCUUUCAAAGUAUAAUUUGAUAAUAUAUCCAAAAUGAAUUAGUGAUUAUUAUAUGCAGUAGACUCUCAAUUACGUAUGACGCCAAAUAUGCUUAUGGAUAAAUUAUUAAAUCACAAACAUCAUUUGUCUCGUCCACUUUGCAGAGAGGAAGGGAAAAUGGUGGUUUGGCAAAGUGUAAUUACACGAGAUAAUUGUGUACGUUCUUCUCCACAUUUCUUUGAAAAUGUAUUAUUCCGUUUGCUGGAUCCAUAAUUUAAAUGAUAGCGGAUUAACAUUUCUCUUCUUCAUUCCGGAUAAUUGAGAACCUACUGUAUCAUAAUUGCUGUUUUUCUAUUAAGAAUGUACAAAUUUUAAUUCAUGUUAAUUAGGAUUGUAUGUAAAUUUAAUAAACUUCAGCAUCUUUAACUUAUAAAAUAAGUUAGUGCAAAAUAAAAUUUUGUACAUAUAAAUGUAUAAGAAAUGAUCUUUGAUGUACAGUUAGGUACAACACACGACGUAUCUUGCACGUAUUUAAUCCGAGGAAGUUUGUAAAAUUGCUAGCUUCUUGUUAUAUUCAAUUUAACAUAUUCCCAUAUUAACUGUGCCUUUAAAGUAAUGUUUAAUCAAAAGUUAGUUAUAAAAUUUUUUUGAGCAAGAUUGGCUUUUCAUCUCUAUUAUUUACUUCAUAUAAACUUUGUAUUAACGGUUUUCUUAUGGUUUAAGCUAAUUAUAUUUUCUAGAAUGAAUUGUCAUUAAAAAUAAUUUUGGUCUACAAUUAUUUGAAUAAAAAAUUAGAAUAUAGCAACAAUGGUACGUUGGCAACUAUGCAAGGUUACAAACAAGAGAAUAAUUUGUGCCAUAAAAACUAGACAAAGAUUACUUUUAAAUAUUUAAAUCUUAAUCUCAGGAAACCAAAUUUCAAUAAAUAAACUAUAAAACAUAUCAGAAUAGAUAUUAACAUUUCUCAAAUUUACUCGAGAGAAGUGAUUUCUGGCUUCCGUUCGAGCCGUAAAUCGCUUUUCUCGAUAGUCGAGUGCAACAUUUGUAAUUGUUUUUUCUAAAGUGGAUUUCGUGAGAGAAUUUCAUAACAAAAAUUGUUAUUACUUAAAUCCGUUGUGAAUAUUGUAUAGAAUGAAAUGUUUGAGAAAUUUCUUUAAGUAGCUAUUUGUGAAAUUUAUAUUUGGUUAGUUAUAGUUGUAUUGUUUUUGAAUUUUGUGGAUGAUACAAAACUAAUACUCUGUUAAGUCUAAUAAUAAUAAUCAGUUUGAUCAAUUGUAAAUAUUUGUAAAUUAGUUUAUCAAAAAGAAAUAAAAUAUUAAAAAGGAAUAAAACGUGUAGUUUGUAAUUGACACUGUAAAAAUAGUGUGUGUAUACAUAUAUUUGUAUUUAAAUUAUUAUUUAAAAAAUCUUAUCCAUUCACUAGUUUCACACAUCUAGUAAUCCAACACUAGUCAACUAUUGCAAAGACAUAGACCGGCUUCCUACUAGUUCAAAUUUUAAGGUCAUUCAUUGGGUCUAAAGAGACCCUACUGAUGUUAAGUUCAAUAGUGCGCUACUGGAUCUGAUCUGUGGCUUUGGCGGACUUUGGGACUUUAUAAGAUAAUUCAUUUCAAAACAAACGAGUGAACUUUUUAAGCUUCCUUUUAAAUUGAUGUUAAAGUAAUAACAACAAUUUUAAAACUUAAAACAGACUAUAUUGAAUUACAGUAAAAUUUCUAAAACAUGCAUAGUAUCUAUUUUUGUUUUAAAAUAAGUUAAAUAAGAUUAAAUUACAUCAAAUUGAACUAAAAUACAAAAGAUAAAAUAACUAAAACAAUACUAGUUGGUGAUUUCACUGUUUUAGCCCACUUGACUGCUACUGCCAGGCUUGAUCAGAUACCACAGUAUCAGAGGACACCACUUUGCGGGAUGCCUUGCUGCUUGAAGCCUGCUGGUCAAAAAUGCUGCCUCUAUUAUAAAAGCGGACUUCGAGAGCGUUGCCUACUAUGUUAGCAGCAUAUUCAUAUGAAGGACUUCUUUGAUAGGAGCGGUUGAUUUAGAAGAUGGCAACUAUGAAAUAUAUUCAUCCCUUCGGCGCCAUUUGCAAUCUCCUGGACUGCGAACAAAUCAGUCGUUCGCAGUCAAGUUGUCACAAAUCUGAUUUUUUUCUAUAAAUCCGGCAUCACGUUUUUGGGUUUCUUCUGCAUCAAGUCGCAUGUUUACAUUAUUCCUCCAGCUCGUAGCUUGUUUGUGUAAUGUUUUGUUGAAGUCCGUGACACAUACCGUACCUAUUACAGGUAUUAUGUCGUCAAAUCUGCCAUAUGUGUAGAUGAAU